UUAUUAGGGUUUUGAAAUCAAAGAACCCAACAAACUCGAAACCCUAACAAUGGCGACUCGUGUUCUUCUUCGCACCCUCAUUUCCUCCGUCAAUCAAACCCUAAUCCCUCGCACCUUCACCAAUCCUUCUCAACUCCUCCGAUUCCGUCCAGCUAUCGCCAUCGCCGCCGCUAAUCUCCGCCACUCCGUUGCGGCAACAAAUGUCCGUACGUUCUCCACACGCCCUACCACGUCUUCUCUAAACGAUUCGAGCCCUAACUGGUCUAAUCGUCCCCCUAAGGAGACGAUUCUUCUUGACGGUUGUGAUUUUGAGCACUGGCUUGUUGUUGUUGAGAAACCUGAAGGCGAGCCUACGAGAGAUGAGAUUAUUGAAUCGUAUAUUAAUACCUUAGCUAAGGUUGUUGGCAGUUAUGAUGAGGCAAGGAUGAAAAUAUACUCGGUUUCGACAAGAUGCUAUUAUGCUUUUGGUGCCCUUGUAUCUGAAGAACUGUCUUAUAAGCUUAAGGAAUUACCCGGAGUUCGUUGGGUGCUACCUGAUUCUUACUUGGAUGUUAAGAACAAAGAUUACGGAGGUGAACCGUUUAUUGAUGGGAAGGCUGUUCCUUAUGAUCCGAAGUACCAUGAGGAAUGGAUCCGAAAUAAUGCUCGGGCCAAUGAGAGAAACAGGAGGAAUGACAGGCCUCGCAACUUUGACCGGUCAAGAAAUUUCGAAAGGAGAAGAGAGAACAUGCAAAGCAACCGUGGACCUCCCAACAACAUGAGCGGGCCACCGAACAGCAACUUUAACGGGCCACCGCCGAACAACAUGAGUGGGCCACCGCCGAACAACAUGAGCGGACCACCACCGCCCAACAACAUGAGCGGGCCACCGCCGAACAACUGGAACGGGCCACCACCACCCAACAACAUGAGCGGUCAACCCAAUAAUUGGAAUGGCCCACCCCCGCCAAACAACACGAGCGGUCAACCCAACAAUAUGAGAGGUCAACCUAAUAACUGGAAUGGCCCACCACCGCCCUACAACGGAGGGCCUAACUAUCAGCAGCAGGGGCGAUAUGGACCAAACAAUGGAGGGACGGGGUAUCAAUCAGGGCCCGGCCCCAACAGUUAUGGGCCGAAUGCAGGACAGACACAGGAUGUACCUGGAAGAGAUAUGCCCCCUGCAGCCAACUAUGAAUGAGCUAUUUAUUAUAUGGUAAUUAAGGUUUUUGGUUAUAUGGUGCUUCUAAGUUGGUUAUGCAAACUGGUAGUUUGUGUAUGCACUGUGCAGAUUUGCAAAUGGUGUUUGAGGUUAUCAGGUGAUCUGGUAUGAAGGUUUAUUGUAUAUUCUAUAACUUAAUAACAUCUGUUUUGCUGUGUUUAGUUGUUAUGUGUUGUUCCAA